UGAGCAAGGAAAGUUGUGUGAGUGUACCACACCAGAUUUUUAAUAUAGGCUAUUCACAUCUGAAAACUAGACUGUUGCAGUGUUAAUUGGAAUAAUAGGCCUACUGCAUUAUUUUUAAAGACUACUUCCACAAACCAUAAAAAUACGAAAAUCAAAUGCAUAGAAGCAGUCUUUCUGCUUGCGUAUUUUCACAGCCGUUUCCUGAAAAAUUACAAUUUAAUUGACUGGAUUAUUGUAAAACGCAUGCCUAUAUCGUGAUUAAGGUCAAGUUUCAAAGUGUUUGUGUUGAGUGGAUUACUUACCGGUACCUGAUGAUUACUCAUUAUUACACAGAAUGUAGAGGUCUCCAGAGAAAUAUUUUCAACAAAUUUAAUAAAUGUUGAGUGUUGUAGUUGACAGCUGAGAUGAGUGGUAUGCUACCUAGGCUAGAGAGGCUACAGUACUCUUCCACUAUUAUUGAUUGAGUGUUGACCUCAAAGGUGAAGGGGAAAGACGCUACCGUAUGCUAUACGCUACGCUAUUGACUGGUUUACCACAAGGAGGAUAGUUUACCAUGACCAGUCAGCCAUCUUGUUCCUGUUCCUGCUGACGAAUUUUCGGUUUCUCUUCUCCUUUGUCUUAUUAGUGUGCCUUUUCGGCAGCGGGUUUCGGGUUCCGUCCAGGAUACGGUUUACUUCAAAUAACUGCUACUUGGUCGCAGCACUGAUAUGAGUGUGAAUUGUUCUACAGUACUUUUUUGCCACUUGCCAGAAAGACACACAUCCAUUCAGUGUUUGAAUGGAGCCCUCCAGCAUGGAAACCGAAAUUCUGAAUAACGAUUCUGAAGUUGCUGGUCCACAGCCAAUUGUGAAAUUCAAUAAUGCUUACAAGAGGUAUGGCCGGACAGCUGUUAUACUGCGAGGACUCAAUAUGACAAUACCAACGGGCACUAUCUACGGUUUGUUGGGGCCUAGCGGAUGCGGUAAAACGACACUGCUCAGUUGCAUAGUCGGCAGAAGAAAACUUGACAGCGGAACUUUGUUUGUUGAUGUAAAGUCCAAAGUGGAUGUGGGCUAUAUGCCACAGGAGGUGUCACUAUAUGAGGAGUUCCAAAUUCAUGAGGUUUUCCGAUACUUUGGACUUUUGACUAACCAAACUGAAGACUACAUCAAGCACCGUGAGAAAGAACUUGCGGAACUUCUAGAUUUGCCUCCAACAAACAGACUUGUCUGCAACUUGAGCGGUGGACAGCAAAGAAGGGUUUCAAUGGCAGUAGCUCUGUUUCACAACCCAAAGUUCCUUAUCCUAGAUGAGCCCACUGUAGGAUUGGAUCCACUCUUAUGUGAAAGCAUAUGGAAAUAUUUCAUUGAAAUAACGAAUGUGGAUCAUAAGACAAUUAUCAUCACAACCCAUUAUAUUGAAGAAGCGAGAAAUGCACAUACUAUCGGUUUGAUGAGAAGUGGUAUUUUGCUGGCAGAAACAAGUCCUCUCCAACUCAUGGAAAUGAAUAACUGCUCAAGUCUAGAGGAGGCAUUUCUCACUUUGAGCCAGAAGCAAGAAGACAUCCCUUUAGAUGAUACCUACCCUCCAGCAACAAAACAAGCAGACAUUUUUGAACCAGGUGCAAAAAUGGCAUGGCAUAGAUUCGCUGCUCAAAUUUACAAAAACGUCUCAUGGACUAGGAGAAAUAUACCGAUCACGGCCUUCAUGAUCCUGCUUCCAUUUCUGCUGUUCACAAUCUUCCUAGCAAUGCUGGGUAAAGAUGAGAUGGAUGUGACGAUAGCCGCAGUACAGGAUGAGGUCACCCCGGGCUCUGAUGACUGCAACAACUCCCGACCAAUCAGGUCCAUCUACGGCUGUGUUGCUCAAAAACGCCUCAGCUGCGAAUUCAUCUCAUAUCUCAAGGAGAAGUCUUAUACCAUUUUGAUGUACGAUAGUCUUGACGCGGGAAUCACAGCGGUGAAGAGAAACAAAGCAUGGGCUCUGCUCUAUUUCCACAAGAACUACACAGAGAGUCUACUGGAGAGGAUUGACCGAGGCAAAAAAGCCUCCAAUAUGAGUCUUGCAAACAGCUUGCUUGAAGUCUAUCCUGACAAUUCUAUUUAUUACAUUGCUCAAAAAUUAAGAUGGGACUUGCAUUCAGGAUUUAUGUCAUUCAUGGAGAAUUUUCUAAGAAAUUGUGAAAUCGAUGAUAGAGUUGUAAAGAGUCCUAUCACGGAAGGUGAAGAGAUUUAUGAAAGUAUUGCUGUAAGAUACAUUGGUCUGAAUGGAUAUAUCAUUGCGAUUCUCUAUUAUUUGGCUAUGGUUUACACAUCCAGUUCUAUGGUGUAUGAAAAAUCUAAGGGGUUGUUUGAGCGGACAAUGGUCACAGGUUUGACAAAAUUUGAAUUAUUUGCCGCUCAUUGCGUGGCUCAGACAUUAAUGUCACUUUGCCAAAAUGGAAUUUUCAUGUUGAUAUUCUAUGGAUAUUUCAAUUUACCAAUGAAGAGCGGUAUCGGAUAUCUGAUUUUGCUGGUAUUUUUGGUCGAGUAUUUUGGAAUGAUGACAGGAUUUGUGAUUGUCGAAUUUAUUUCUGAUGAGCGAAUGGUUACAUAUUUUGGAAUCAGUCUUGUGAUAAUGAUUUUUCUGACAAUUGGUAUGUUAUGGCCGGUGGAAGGUAUGCACUGGAGCAUCCGACCAAUUUCGCAGAUGAACCCAAUGAGGAUGGCCGUCGAGACCUAUCGCUCCAUCACUUUCCGCGGUCUCCCUUUCUCCAACUCUCUCAUGUACCAGGGAUACCUGUCUAUCUCCAUCCUCGUCCUACUGUUGCUCCUCAUAUACAUAUACAAGUCAAGAAAUGAUUAAAGAAUGGAGAUCCGUUAAAGAUCUAAGCUACCCGGUAUUCCAGGUGCAAAAAUCCUACAGUUUCCUACAGUUACAUACUCAAGUCAAGAAAUAGUUGAAGAUCCGUGAAAAAUCUAAAAGCUAUUCCAGAUGCAAAAAUCCUACUAAGUUACUUAUUCUUGUCAUAUACAUACUCAAGUCAAGGAAUGAUUGAAAUCUA